UUAAGAAAUUGAAGAUUGAACCAACGGCUAGAAUAGACUUGAAUGUAAGAACUGCCUCAGAUAAAUUCGUAACUUGUGGAAAUGUAUACUCCAACAUUUCCAUACUCAUAUCCGAAUCCAACCUACCUGGAGAUUUAAUCCAAUUUGACUUAAAAGAUAUAGACAUAGUGCUGGGCAUGGAUUGGUUGGGGAAAUACAAAGCCAGGAUCCUCUGUGAUGAACAGAAGGUGAUCUUGAAGGGUCCAAAUGGGAAGCGAAUAUCUUACAAAGCAAUCACAUCCAAGCCUAGUAUGAAGCUGAUGACUAUGCAACAAUUAAGGCGACAUAUCCGAAAGGGGUAUGAAACCUACCUGUGCUUUAUGAAAGAGGUGAAUACAGAGG